AUGAGAACAAUGAGGGCAUCAAUACCCAUUUGGAUCCACUUGCAGAGGCUACCAUGGCAGCACCUUCAAGUAAUUCAUAUGGGCUCUGUGAUGGUAACAUGCCUUGCUUGCCAAUCUUGAGCUCUGCUACAAAGUCUUGUGAAGCAAAUCAGCUGCCCCCGGCAGCGGAUACUAUUAGUGUGAAUGGACAACCUCUUACUCCUGAAGAGCUUCGCACGUUACAAAGCUGUCCAAACCCUCCAAAGAAGCUAAAACCAGGAAACUACUGGUAUGACAAGAUUUGUGGACUUUGGGGGAAGGAAGGACAGAAGCCUUCAGAGGUAAUCUCUCCCCAGCUUUGUGUUGGGGGUCAUGAAGGAAAAUGCUAGCAAUGGAAGCACACAGGUAUUCAUUAAUGGUCGGGAAAUCACCAAAGUAGAG